GAUGAUGGCGCCAUCGCCGCCCUGCUGCUGCGAUGUCCUCUCGCGCCUCUCAGUGAGCGCAUUUCGCUCGGAUUAUUCUAUGGAGGAGCCGCCGAUCGAUCACGAGGUGAGAAUGCCGCAGUUUCCAGGAGCGAGGAGGUUCGUGGACACAGGGCAGCAGUGUGCAACGGGAAAGAUUGCUAGAAAUUCGUCCCGGCGGCCGCAAAAGCCACCGGGAAGGAAAGAGUGGGAGAGUCAGACAGGGAAAAACUCUCCCAGAGCGAGAAAACAGCACAGUGCUCACGUUUCUUCGAUUCUCGCGGCUCUAGCAGAGAGAAAUUCCUCCGUCUCCUUGGUGCUGGAUCGAGCCGGCAGGCUGGAGAGUCGAGAGCUAUCGAGAAUUCUCAGCGAGCAGCGUGACUGGAGGAAGGCGAUCGAGGUUUUCAGCUGGUUCCAGCGGCAAGACAACUACGAGGCCAACGUCUUUCUCUACAACAUCUUGCUUAGAACACUGGGCAGGGCCGCGAAGUGGGAGCUUCUCCAAAAGUACUGGAGUGAAAUGCUUGGCGAGCGAGUCCCCCCGACGAUCUUCACGUACAGCAUCUUGGUGGACGUUCACGGACGAGCAGGCAUGAAAGACGAGGCCAUUCGUUUCUACCGGCAUAUGAUCGAGAGUGGAGUGGAGCCGGACGAAGUCAUGGUGAGCACUUAUAUGAAUCUCCAGCGAAGAUUUGGAGACUUGGAAGAGGCCGAGAAGGCGUUCUGGGGGCUCUUCUCGGAGAACUUAGUGGAUGGCACCACGAAGAGGCCUGAGAAUCCAGAGACUUUCAACACCAUGAUAAGUUUCUACGGCGAGCACGCGAAGUUUGCCGAGGCGUCCAAGGUUUUCGCGGAGAUGAUGAAGGCCGGGGUGGAGCUCACUACUGUUACUUUCAACGCGAUGAUCCACGUCUAUGGGAAAGCUGGCCGGACCAGAGAAGCCGAGCUGCUAGUGACCAAGAUGAAGCAGCGGAAGGAUUGCUGCCCGGACGUCGCGACUUACAACUCCCUGAUCGAGAUGUACGUGAAGAACGACAAGCUGGAGCUUGUUUCCGGGUGCCUGGAGAGAAUGCGCGACUCUGGAGUGUCCCCGGAUCAAGUGACUUUCAGGACGCUUAUCAGUGCCUACGCUGCAAACAACGUCGUCUGGAAGGCCGAGGCUCUUGUCCAAGAGAUGGAAGGCUCCGGGUUUUUCAUAGACCAGGCGAUGUACACCGUGAUGAUCGCCAUGUAUGUCCGAGCUCGAGACGUCUCGAAGGCCGAGUCGGUGUUUCGUUUCCUCCAUUCUCGGGGAGGAUUGGAAGUCAGCACCUAUGUCGGGGUGAUGGACGUUUACGCCGAGCACAAGUGCCUGGACCAAGCACGGGAAGUUUUCGAGCUCGCCAAGAACGCGGGCUUGAAGACUCCAUCGCUAUACAACGUGAUGAUGAAAGCUUACGGCGCUUGCGACCGGUUUACCGACGCUGUGACCGUUUUCGAAGCUAUGGAGAAAGAUGGAGCGAGUCCCAACGAAGCGUCUUUCAACUCACUGAUACAGCUCCUCUGCAAAGGGAGACUUUUGGAGAUCUUGCAAAGAGUUUUGGUGCUCGUGAAGGCAGCGGGAUUCAAGCCAAGCCUGGCUUCGUGCUCCUCGGUUGUCAGCUUCUACGGCGACAUGGGACGGGUCAGAGAAGCCGAGAGGGUGUUCAAGGAAAUGCUAGCAUCCGGUGUUGAGGCGGACGUUAUCUGCUACAGUGCCUUGCUCAACGCGUAUGCCGAAGCAGGAUUCGCGAGAGAGGCACAGCAGACGCUCGACAGCCUCAAAGCCGCUGGCUUUGUCCCGGACACGAUCGUGUACACGUCGAUGAUGAAGCUCUACAGUAACUUGGGACUUACAGCGGAGGCCGAGAAGAUCUACGAGGAAAUAAGCAGGCUAAGCCCGGACGUUUUCGCGGCCAACACGAUGCUCAACCUCUACAUCAAGUCUGGAAUGUUUACGGAGGCCGAGCAGCUCUUUCGAGCCAUGCAGCGCGGGAAGCCAGGACUUAACGAAGUGGCUUGCACGAUGAUGCUCAAGCUCUAUAGGGAGGCCGGGAAGAUCGAGCAAGGACUGGACGUCGCCAGGGUCAUGUCGAGGCGCUUCCUCAUCACGGACGCUCGGGCUUUCAAUGGCGUCAUAGCCAUGUACGUGAAGGCCGGGCUGAUGAGAGAAGCACUGGAGGCUCUCAAGGAGAUGAGGCGAGCCGGGCUGGUCCCGAGCAGGAGCACCUUUAGCUGCUUCGAGGAGAUUUUGGAGAGAGCUGGAAUGGUUCCUGGAGAGUUCAUCCAGAGGCUCGAGCAAAGCAGCACGAGCCUGGAGACGAUGGUGGUGCUAACUUUGCUCUACGCACAAGCCGGGAUGAGCGACGAGGCCGCCGAGAUCGCGUUCGCCAUCCAGAGGGCCGAGAGAGACGAGGGACUCUCGCUCGGCGUGGACGCUUACAACGCGCUGAUUUACUCGUUUGGAAAGGCUGGGAAGCUGGACGUGGCGCUCCAAGUUUACUCGCGGAUGAAGGCUAGGGGUGUGGAGCUCAACGAAGCGAGCUAUGGGAGCGUGAUCGCUGCCUACGGGAAAGUCGGGCUUUUGGAAGGCGUUGGGAGGAUGUUUAGGAGGCUCAAGGAGUGUGGCUUCCAGCCGAGCCCCGCAACUUAUAGGACAGUUUUGGAGGUUUAUAGAGAAGCUGGACGGAUGGAUCUGGCAAGUAUGGUGGCGCAGGAGUUUCACUUCUCAGAGUAUGUGAGGCAAGGAAUGCACCAAGGAGACACGUUUGAACAGGAAUUAUAAACAUAGAUAGACAGAUCAUACCAUGAAACAUUUAGAAUAUAUAAAUAUUUUCAAAUUUUUGAAGUAAUUUAGAUGCUUGUUCCGUAAUUUUUUUUAAUAAGAAUUUGACAUUCAAACA